AUGAUCCACGAUGCGUGCGCGGAUUCUGUAUUUCAAAGACGUCCUGACUUGUUCCAGCUCUUAGAUGUGGGUGGACCUCACAGCACGGAUGACCACUCGCCGCGUGCCGAGAAAAGCAUCGGGGAAUUCUGGGUCGGUGCCAACACGUUGGCCGCACUGGUGGAGCGGACCGGUGGAACAACACAGGACUUGGAAGAUUCGUCCACCGAGCUAUUUGACUUGCGGGACCCCUACACUAACGAGCUCCACUGCAGAAUCACCUUUGGCCGAGAGCUUUCACUAGCGAUAGAUGGGGCGCGCUUUCUUGUGAGAGUGGCGGAGUCCGUUACUCCUUCGGAUCGACUGGCUCUGGAGUACAUGCCGCUAGUCUCGGUUGGUUGCGAUCAAAAAGUGAGCGAGGUCAAAGGCAUGUUCCACCAUACGCAGUACGGCUUUCUGGGCAGUCUAACCUCGUCUGACCCUCCGCAAGACGUAGAGUUCACUACUAUUGAUAUGAACGGCAGUAUUCCUGAUCAGCUUCACUCAGGGGUCAGAGGCUGUUGCGUUUUGAACUUCUGCGACAUUUUUGACGACGCGCCUGCUGGCUCCAAGUCCAACGACUGUCAUCGCUCGAAAACUUCAACUUCGUACGACCUUCCCACCCACCUGACACCGAGCUUGCCGGGACCAGGAGCUGCCUCAAAGACAAGCGCUACAGAUGCCGCGGCUUCGCGCGAGGGUAAACCUAGACACGGGCGACGGAGAAGAAAUUUGAUAGCCAACAUUGUGUGGGUACGGAGCCGCUUGCGAAUGAACGCUCCUUACUACUGGUUGGCGGCAAACACGACGGAAGGGAAGUAUCUUGACUGGGCCACUGCUGUGCCGCAGGAAAUUUUACGUGCUUGUGCGAACAGCAACACAGCUGCUAGCAGGCGCAGUGACAUGUGUAAACUUUUGAGCUUUGUUGGAAACGCGAUGGAGCAUCUGGACGAGCCCGAGAAUAUCGAUGCAAAAGAGGCCCUCCGAUCCUGGGCGCAGAACUACAAGGGAGGAAAAUUCUACGACGAGUUCCGAUUCGACGAGACCGCGGGGGAACUUUUUCCGAUUUUUUUCGUUGAUAAAGUUUGUCCGAAGGAUCACGUCCUGUGGCAAGACUACACCAC